AUGCUAAGGGGUACGCCUUCGAGUCCACGCCCCUCACCUCUAGGGGUCGGACCAGACAUCGACACAUCCUAUUAUGGCGCGGGCGGCAAUCCCGGGAGAUAUGACGACUCGCAGGAAACAAUCUUGACCUUGGACCCCUCGGAGCAGGAACAAUCGGCCUAUUCGCGCAGACCUCAGUCACGUUCGUCGGUCUCUUCAGAUGAUCGGUCGGCCCCUCUGUACCACCAACACCGGAGGCAGCAGACGGCUCCCUCGUUAUCCCCACUGCGCAUCAGCACCCGCGCCGGAUCACCUGUGCGAGGCCACUCGAGGAACCAGUCGGACAUGCCCUUCACCGGCGACGGACGGGUCGGGCGAAGACCGGAGGCUUCUCCGUCGAGAUUGGCCGGAUGGUGGAGUGGCGCCUCGACGCCGCCCACCGAGAACGCCCCGUCGCCUGAUAUCACACCGAAGUCGAGGCGCGGGAUACCCUCAUCCGUGAACACGACGCCCAAGAGUACGGCGUCUGCGGCACCUUCCGGGCUGGGCUUCUUUGCAUCCUCGGUAUCGGCCCUCAAGACACGCCUGACGACCAACCCAUCACCAAACAGUCCCCAGAUCGAUGAUGAACUAUUGGACUUGAACAUCGACGUUGCCUUGCACCCCCCGGAGGCUUUCGGGGGCCACGAGACAUUCUCUCCAGCCGCCUACAAGAACCUACAAGCCAACGCCCAUGGCCUCCUGUCCAGAAUGCAGCACGCCUACCGCCAGCAGACCGUGACUCUGCAAGAGUUGCAGGCGGAGCGCGCCGCCGAGAAGGAGGAGGCAGAAGAGACAAAGCUCAGGGUCGAUAACCUGAAGAUGCAGCUGGAGCACAUGGCCCGGAAAGCCGACGAGCAGCAGCAGUCCAUGAAACGACUCAUGGCCGAGCUGAACGCCGAGAGGAAGGCCCGCCACGAGGAACGGGUGGCCCGCGAGAAGAUCCUCGGCGAGGGCUCCAUGGUGACGGAGGACCUGGGCGUCGACGAGGAGGAGCGCAAGAAGUGGCGCAAGUCGGGCGGCACCGACAAGUCCGAGACCAGCUUCGACACGGACAUGGACAGCGUCGAGAGCGAGAGCGUCUUCUCGCGCAGCCGGUCCCCGACCAUCAUGACCAGCGCCACCGAGAGCCACUUCGACCUGCCGCCCUCGUCGUCGUCGUCUUCCUCGACCUACCACGGCAAGGGCGGCGGUCCCUCGCUCGGCCCGCCGCCGCCGACGACCAGGACCAAGUCGGCCCGCGAGAUGACGACGCUGCAGAAAUUGAUGAAGAACAUCUCGGGCGACGCGGCCCGCGAGCAGGGCGAGGCCGGGCCGGCGCCGCCCCCGGACGGCUGCAGCAACUGCCAGGGCCAGGACGCCAGCGUCGCCUGGGACACGGUCGGCCUGCUGCGCGACGAGAACAGGGGCCUGAAGCACAGGGUGGCCGAGCUCGAGGUCGCCGUGGACGGCGCGCUGGACCUCGCCAACGGCGUGGGACUGUGA